UGAACCUUGAAAAGCUACCUCAAGGUAGUCGUUCAGGACAAAUCUGGGCGUGGAAUGAUGACGCAAGGUAUCAAUCCUCGAGCAUAUCCUCUGGCUGGUCCAGAGUUGACAAAUAAAAUUAUUGAGCUGGUUAAGCAAGCCAGCUCGUAUAAGCAGCUUAAGAAGGGUGCAAAUGAAGCCACGAAGGCUCUUAACAGAGGGAAAGCUGAAUUUAUUGUGAUGGCUGCUGACAUCGAUCCUCUUGAGAUUGUCUUGCACUUACCGCUCCUUUGUGAAGACAAAAACGUUCCGUAUGUAUUUAUCCCUUCCCAAAUGGCUCUCGGACGGGCUUGUGGAGUUUCUAGGUCAGUAGCUGCGGUCGCCGUAACGGACAGUGAAGGUUCGCAGCUUAAGCCUCUUGUUGUAUCAAUUCAGCAGAGCAUUGAAAAACUGCUUAUUUGAAAUAUAUAUGAUUGUAAUUACAAGUGGUUUUUGUAAGCUGUCUAGUAAUGGCUUAUCGUAACUACGACGUCUGUCUUUUUUCCGUUGCUGGUCCUGAGAAGCAAGAGCUAGUGUGUAAGUGGUUAGUGAGUUCGGUGCUUAAGCUGAAAAACAUUAAAAUUUGCUGAGGGAAGUAACGAUUGACUGCACAAAGAUAGUUCUUGCUGAUUACUGGCGAAUGUUUUCAUUGUUCGUGUAUUUUACUUUAUAAAG